AUGGCAGAAGCGAUCAUCGGUCCCCUGGUGGUGAAGCUGCAGGAGCUCGCCGUCAGCGAGGCGCGGGCGCUGGUGGCGGUGAACGACGACAUCCGGAGCCUCCGGGACAAGCUCAUGUGGAUGCAGGCCUUCCUGCGUGACGCCGACCCGCGGCGCCGCAUCGUCCCGGACGAGGCCAGCCGGGUGUGGCUGCACCAGACGCGCUACGCCGCCUUCGACGCCGAGGACGCCGUCCACCAGUAUUUCCUCCUCGUCGACCUAUCCAGGGAAGAAAGCAAUCCUGAGUACAACGAAGCUGUCAAAAAUGGAGUUCGAAAUGAUUACCAGCAAGACAUUUUUGACACCACACAGGGGCUACCACUAGCAAUUGUUCUUCUUUCAGGCCUUCUACGAACAAAGGAGUAUCCAGUCGAGUGGAAAGCUGUAUUUGAGCAUCUUAAAUCCAAGCAAUCAAAGCGGCUUGACAGCAUACUGUCCCUGUGCUUUGAUGAUCUUCCAUAUGACAUAAAAUCUUGCGUCCUCUACUUUGCUGCAUUGCCAACAAACAUGCUGAUUGAAGCACAAGAUUUGGUGUGCAUGUGGAUGGCAGAGGGCUUCCUGAGGCCAAAGGAAGGGUUGACAAUGGAGAAGGUUGGUUACCGUUACUUGAAGGAGUUGAUUGCAAGGCAUUUAAUCAACCUAGAGCCUAUGGAUGAAAAUACUCCCGAGGAGGAGCUUGUGACCAUCCAAAGCGAAGUCCAUGCAUUUCUUCAGAUUGAGGCACAAGAGGUAAAUUUUGUGGAGAUCCACAACAGUGAUGAUAUCCCGCCUCUGUCAGCUGCUCGCCGCCUCAGCUUGCAAAAUCGCAUGGAGAAGUAUGCUGCAUUAGCCAACCCUAUGCCGAAGCUUCGAUCCAUCUUGUCUAAUUUUGAGAAGGAAGAAACAAGCAAGGAAUAUGAUGUCGCCGAUGAAGAUCACGAAGCCAAAGUGCAACAGUCUCCAAUCUGCCUACAUUGCUCACCACAUGGAACCACAACCAAGUGCAAGGAGGGCGAUGCCAAAUCUUAUCUGCGGCAACUUCUGCAAACAUACAAGUUCCUACGUGUGAUUAACCUGCAAGGCCUUGAAGUUGGUGACAAGUUGCCAAAUGAAAUUGGUGAUGUUGUGCACCUGCAGUACCUUGCUGUGACAUCCUGUUCUUUGAAAGAGAUACCACCAUCAGUUGGAAGGCUCUCUAGUCUUCAGACACUAGAUGUCCGAGAUACAGAAGUUAAGGAGCUACCGGUGCCAUUCUGGGAGAUUGGAACCCUAAGGCAUGUGUUUGGCCAUCGCCUCAUCUUGCCAAAACGGGUUGGUGAGUUGAAGAACCUACAGACCCUUGAUACUGUGAAACCUGAUGAUAAGUAUGGUUGGGAUAGAAAUACCCUUUCAAAAAUGAUCCAGCUCCGUUCCUUGUUCAUUUGGGAACUCUCCAAAGGUCAUGAGAAGGGGCUAGUUGCUGCUCUGAAAAAACUCAAGUACCUUGUCACACUGACCAUACAUGGUGACAGUAUUCCAUCGGCUGUUUUCUCUACUAAAACCUCUCUUCGACGACUUGAGGUGAUGGAAUUGGAUGGAAUGCUUAUUGACAUGCCAUGUGUAGAGGACAUGGACAUCAAAUCAUGCUUGCCCAAUCUACUUCUUUUGUCAUUAGAGAACACAAUGGUCUCACAGGACUUCAUCAACAAGUUGGCUGAGUUGCCCUUCCUUGCUAGUCUCACUCUGGAUGGUGGAUCAUACAAGGAUGAGCAGCUUGUAUUCUCUGCUGGUGGAUUUCAUAGUUUGAGGAGGUUGACGGUUGACUUAGAAGAAUUGAAGAAAUUGGAAAUACAUGAAUCAGCACUGCCCAAGCUUGCAGAUUUGGAUAUUUUGAUCCACUCUAAUGAUCUGAAUAUUGUGAUACUGGGUAAGAACGACGUCGUUGAGAAGCUCCUUCAUGAGGAUAAAAUACUCUCCAAGAAAAUCCAACGGACUACGAGGAGUGAACGAACUGCCCGAAGGAUCGGAGUUGAAUGA